GGGUCGCCGAUCGCCCUUUUCCAGGCCUUCUUCAUCCCCUGAACAGACCAAGCACAGUGAGGCCCCUACCCUCUGAUCCCACGUUGCACAACGCCAGAGCCGAACCUCCCAGGGUGUGAACCCCGGCGUCCCAGCCCCUGGGCGGGGACAGGCGGUGGCACUGCGGGGAGCAGAGGCGGCCAGCGUGCAACAGGCCCAAUCCACUGGUCCCGGCGCUGCGAGUCUCCCGGGAGCCGCGGCUGCAGGCCCCGCACCACUCAGCCCCUCCGCCAGGCCCGCCCGCUGCUCCUCACAGGCCGCCGCCGCAGCCAUGGCGGAAGUUCAUAGACGUCAGCAUGCUCGGGUUAAAGGAGAAGCCCCCGCGAAAUCCUCCACACACAGAGAUGAGGAGGAGCUGGGGAUGGCGUCGGCCGAAACGCUGACCGUGUUCCUGAAGCUGCUGGCUGCCGGCUUUUACGGCGUGAGCUCCUUUCUCAUCGUGGUGGUGAACAAGAGCGUGCUCACUAACUACAGAUUUCCCUCCUCACUAUGUGUUGGACUUGGCCAGAUGGUGGCCACAGUGGCAGUUCUCUCGGUGGGAAAGGCGCUCAGGGUAGUCAAGUUUCCUGACCUUGAUAGAAAUGUACCUCGAAAGACGUUUCCACUACCUCUACUAUAUUUUGGGAACCAAAUCACGGGACUGUUCAGCACAAAGAAACUGAACUUGCCAAUGUUUACAGUUCUGAGGAGGUUCUCCAUCCUGUUUACAAUGUUUGCUGAAGGAGUUUUACUCAAGAAGACUUUUUCUUGGGGCAUCAAGAUGACUGUAUUUGCAAUGAUUAUUGGCGCCUUUGUAGCUGCCAGCUCCGACUUGGCAUUUGAUCUGGAAGGAUAUGUUUUUAUCCUGAUAAAUGAUGUCUUGACAGCAGCAAAUGGUGCAUACGUAAAACAAAAACUGGAUUCAAAAGAGCUGGGAAAAUAUGGUCUGCUUUAUUACAAUGCACUGUUCAUGAUUCUGCCUACACUGGCCAUUGCAUAUUUCACAGGAGAUGCACAAAAGGCAAUGGAUUUUGAAGGCUGGGCCGACACCCUUUUUCUUCUACAGUUCACCCUCUCCUGUGUGAUGGGGUUUAUCUUGAUGUACGCCACAGUACUCUGCACUCAGUAUAAUUCUGCUCUUACAACUACAAUAGUUGGCUGUAUUAAGAACAUAUUAAUAACUUAUAUUGGAAUGGUCUUUGGUGGAGAUUAUAUUUUCACAUGGACAAACUUCAUUGGUUUAAAUAUUAGCAUUGCUGGAAGCCUGGUGUAUUCCUAUAUCACGUUUUCUGAAGAGCAGCUGAGCAAGCAGUCAGAGGCCAGUAACAAGCUGGACAUUAAAGGAAAAGGAGCAGUAUGACCAGAGGACUGCUUAAACUUAAGGAGGCCCAAGUUUCUUGAUCAACUUGGAACACUGACACUUCAUACGCAGAUAGUGAGGUGUCGUGAUUAUGGAGAGAAUACACUUCUUUUGCACUUGUACAAUCUGAGGAUUGAUUGCUGCCUUUAAAAUUUUUAUGAUGAGAGAAAUGUAUAAUUGACUCUAUUUUAAGUAUGCUGUUUGAAUUAAUUUAUAUCUGACUGGAAAAUAUACUGGGCGUUUUAAUUUAUUUUUUCUUCUAUGCCAACAGUGAAACAUCAGUGUUUUGAGUAUCUUUUAUUCCAUAGGUUGACGUCCAGGUAACCCUGAGAGCUGCAUAUGU